CACCCAAAGAACCAGGCCAAGGAUCAUUCUCCAUUGCGAGUCGGUUUGAGCCGACGGAGCGAAAUGGACAAGAGGAAUGUUUGCGUGAUAGGGGCAGGUGUGGCUGGGCUGACCACCGCAUACCUCCUAUCCCAGAACCGUCGUUAUAGAAUUGUGGUGGCUGCUAAGCAUAUGCCUGGCGAUUAUGACAUCGAGUACGCCUCGCCUUGGGCGGGAGCAAACUACAUGCCUGUCUCCUUGCGAGGAACGAGGGAGGAGCAGUGGGACAGGGAUACAUGGGCACCGUUGGCAGAUCUCGCCCAGAACCAUCCAGAUGCUGGCGUGCAUUUUCAAGAAUGCGAGAUACAUAGCAGAGCAAAAGACAUAGGAUCAGCAACAGCAGAUUGGUUCGCGGAACUUCUGUCUCCAAACCCCUGGUUCAAGGAUGUAGUGCCAAACUUUCGCGUGCUCCCGAAGGAAAGCCUUCCGCCUGGCAUCGACUCAGCCACAGCCUUCACAUCUGUGUGCAUAAAUACAGCGAUCUAUCUUCCCUGGUUGGUCUCGCAGUGCCUGAAGAACGGCGUCAUCUUCAAGCGAGCGGUUUUUAAGCACAUCCGAGAAGCAGCGCAGUUCGCGCCAUCCGGAAAAGUUGAUAUUGUGAUCAACUGCACCGGCCUUGGGGCAUCGGUUCUUGGCGGCGUCGAAGACACGACGGUUGUCCCCGCCCGCGCACAGAUCGUUCUUGUUCGCAAUGACGCUGGCAAGAUGAUGGAUUUCUCUGGCACUGACGACGGCGAAGGAGAAGCAUGCUACAUCAUGACGCGAGCCGCGGGUGGAGGCACCAUCCUGGGCGGGUGCUACCAGAAAGGAAAUUGGGAAUCUCAGGUCGAUCCCAACUUAGCAGUCCGAAUCAUGAAGAGGGCUGUUGCAUCAUGUCCCACCCUUACCGGGGGCAAGGGGAUCGAGCAUCUUGACAUUAUUCGACAUGGGGUCGGAUUGCGGCCAGUGAGAGAAGGUGGGACAAGAGUGGAGAAGGAGCGCAUUGAAGGUUUGUGGGUGGUUCACAACUACGGCGCAGGCGGUGCUGGAUACCAGUCUUCGUACGGCUGUGCUUCGAAUGCAGUGCAGCUGGUCGAAGAGACGUUAGCGCCUGCAUCAAAAAUAUGAAAAUCGAUAUGCCCUACUCGACACGAUAAGUCCACCUUUGCAAUAGCGAUCAAAUCACCUCAUCGAGAUCCCU